AACCGCUAUGAGCAAUGUGAGCAACCGUUACACAAUCGAAAACGGAACACUAACGAUUCAUAGUGUUGAACCCAGUGAUAACGGAAUGUAUCAAUGUGUUGCGAAGAAUGCUUUUGGUUUUGCAUAUCAGACAGUGUCGCUUCAAGUUCAAGUGAAGCCUCCAGAUAUCACAUCAGAUUUGAUAGCAAAGGAUUUUACUGUGGGUAACACUGGUCAGAUCUCGUGUAUAUCGGAAGCCAUUCAUGAGCAAAACAUGAUUGGUUUUUCAAAGGAGAAAAGUUGGAAAUAAACAAAACGACAAAAUAUGAUCUCAAAGAUGAUCAAGACUUGCUCGUGCAUAAUCUAUCCCACAACGACAGCGGGAUCUAUGCUUGUAUUGCGAGUAAUAUGUUUGGCAGUGUCAGUAAAGACAGGUAUAUUAAAGUCGCGGAAAUUGUUUUCAUCCAGCGACCAGAAAACAAGACUGAUGUGAUGGAUGGAGAAAGUUUCUCAUUGCUCUGCGAAGCUGAUUCCGACCCACCGUUGAACAUUCGUUACAAAUGGCUUUACAACGGAGCCGAAAUGAUGAAAAGCAAUGCAUUAUGGGAUCUAAC